AUGAAGAAUUUAAAAUAUAUUCUAAUAAGUGGAUCAAAUCUAUCUGGACCAAUACCUGAUGGUCUAUAUUCAUUAAGUAAUUUAGAACAUAUAACGUUAGGGGGUAAUAGAUUUAAUGGUAGUUUAAGUGAUAAGAUUAGAAAUCUAAACAAGUUAAAAUAUAUUGAUUUAAGUAAUUUAAAUCUAUCUGGACCGAUACCUGAUGGCCUAUAUUCAUUGAUUAAAUUGGAAUACCUGUAUCUACAAGGAAACAAAUUUAAUGGUAGAUUAAGUGAUGAUAUCAGAAAUCUGAAUAAGUUAUUACAUAUUGAUUUAAGUGGAUCAAAUUUGUCUGGAUUAAUACCUGAUGGUAUAUAUUCAUUAAGUGAAUUAAAAAAGAUGAAAUUAGGAGGUAACAGAUUUAUUGGUAGAUUAAGUGAUAAUAUUAAAAAUAUGAAUAAUUUAUCAGAGCUUGAUUUAAGUGGAUCAAAUCUGUCUGGUGAGAUACCUGAUUCUAUAUAUUCAUUAGCUAAAUUGAAUUAUCUGAAUCUAAAAGGGAAUAAUUUUAGUGGUAGAUUAAGUGAUAAUAUUAUAAAACUAAAGAAUAAAUUAUUAAAGCUUGAUUUAAGUGGAUCAAGUUUAUCUGGACCAAUACCUGAUGGUUUAUAUUCAUUAAUUGAAUUACAAGAUCUGAAAUUAGCAGGUAACAGAUUUGAUGGUGGUUUAAGUGAUAAGAUUAGAAAUCUGAAUAAUCUACAUACUCUUGAUUUAAAUGGAUCAAAUCUAUCUGGAUCAAUACCUGAUGGUCUAUAUUCAUUGAUUAAAUUGAAAAUCCUGUGUCUACAAGGAAACAAAUUUAGUGGCAGAUUAAGUGAUAAUAUUAAAAAUAUGCAUAGGUUACAAUUAAUUGAUUUAAGUGGAUUAAAUUUGUCUGGUGAGAUACCUGAUAGUAUAUAUUCAUUGUCUUGGUUAAGAUGUCUUAAAUUAGGAGAGCUUGACUUAAGUAAUUUAAGUUUAUCUGGUGAGAUACCUGAUGGUUUAUAUCAAUUGAGUCAAUUAGAAAAGUUAAGAUUAGAAGGUGAUUUAAUCAAUCUGAAAGAUUUAGAAAUGAGAGAGAAUGAAUUUGAAGGUAAUAUUCCUGAUCUGAGUCGUCUAGAAUUUUUAGUAAAUAUGAAUAUUAGCUCAACAAAACAUAUUCUGAAUGCAAGUUGUGAUGAUAAAUGUUUACCUCGAUCUAUUACUAAGGACAGAUAUAAUUUGAAUGAUAUGAUGAGAUGUGAGAAUGAUAAGGUGAAGAUGAUGUGUGAUGAAUGUAUAGAUAGAGAGAGUAUAGAGAAAUAUGAUAGAAAUGAUGUAUGGUAUGAAGGUGUAGAGAUGUACGAUAUAGUGUAUGUGUGUAUAAAUGUACGACAUAGUGUAAGUGUGUAUAGAUGUAUGAUAUAUUGUAUGUGUGCAGAGAUGUAUGAUAUAUUGUAUGUGUGCAGAGAU